AUGACCAAGGCAACUGAAACCAUUCUCACCUUAUUUACGCUUUCAGCAAUCUAUUUUGCUCUCUACAGCGGAGUAAUUCCAAGUACAGAAAAGAUCCAUUCCGAAAUCUUACCAUACCUCCCAUGGUGGUGCUUAGUUACGUUUGGUGCCUACGCGUUAGGAACCUUAGGAUGGGGUGUAUACACUUUCAAAGAUAAAGAGGAUAAGUACAAGGAGUUAUUGGUCCAAAUUGAAGAAGCCAAGGCAUUUUAUAAGAAGGAAGGUGUUAGUUUAGAUUAA